GGAGCGGCAGUUUCGCUAGAUAUGCCUGACAGACAGACACGAACUGGACUGCACCAAGUAGGAGGUGAAGCAAAUGAGGAUGGUUCCGUGUGUAUUAUUCCUGCAGUAUACAACGACUGGAAGGACAAGAGGCACGUUGAGCAUGUGUUCCAGAGGCUAAGCAGCCUACGCUUGGCGCGAUGUGACCUCUGCAGAGGCAAGAUGUUGGGAUCACGAUUUUGUUGCUCAAGUACGCGCAUAUAGCCUUUUUAAGUUGUUUUUAUCCUGGACCGUAAUGUAUAUCAUUGGUAGCGUGCACCAUGUCCGUGCACGUCCGAUGUGUCCUUCAUGUACAGGUAUCAUGCUACGACGGAUCUGCAGGUGGUUCAGACAAGCGCCCUGCCCCAGCCGAGUCUCCGUUUUCGAUGUUCGGAAGGGAUUUGAUUGAGCAGGUAUGGGAAGAUGCGAAGACGUCGAAGAAUUCAAACUUGUUCGUACCCAUCAUUGUGGAGAAAUGUAUCAAUUUCAUUGAGGCGAAUGCUAUGGAUUAUGAAGGUAUUUAUCGAGUUAACGGAGAUUUGGAACAAUCGAAGGCGAUUGUUACAUUAUUCGAGCGUGGGGACUAUGAGUUUUCCCAUUUGAGUGACUUGGGCUUGUUCGUUGCGCCAAGCAUUACGUUCGUGCUGAAGAAUUACUUCGAGAUGUUGCCCAAUCCGUUAUUAACAUUCGAGAUGCAUGAAGCAUUUGUUGCGGCAGGUACCGAACAUCGUCACUCGAAGGGCCCAGUAAUGCGGGAUCUUGUCAGGAAACUCCCCAUAGAGCAUUACCGCACACUCGGCCGGUUGAUGCUUCAUUUUCAUCGGAUACAACUAAACGCUAAAGUCAACCUUAUGAACGCACAGAACCUCGGUGUUAUUUUUGGUCCCAUACUCAUGCGUUCUGAGUACCCAAGCCAGCAGAUUGAAAUUGCCAGUAUUGGGGGCAGUGUGCUUGUGAUUGAGUUUCUCAUUGAAAACGCACCGUUGAUAUUUCAUACGUUCUCCAUUUUGUCUGUUUCGAGGUCUACAUCUUGA